AUGUUACAGUUGAGUGAACUGCGGUAUUCGAAUGAAAACGAUGUCGAGGAAAUCUCCCAACUCGCUUGCCUGUCAUUGUCAGAUGACGAAGCAUCCGGCGAAAAAAACUCUGGCGGUGUUCCCGAAAAAGCUGGUUAUCCGGACCCCGUUUACAUUAUGGCAGCGAACGUUUUUCAGGGUAUUCGAAUCGAAAAGUCACCAGAGAAAGUCUUAAUAAAGUACGGGAAUAAACCCCUGCUGGCCUUGUUCGAGUCUGAGGAUGAAUCCUUUCAGCGCUCAUCCUACGAGCUGGCUUUCAGUGCCCUGAAGUAUCAAGAUAUUUUGGAAACUAUAUUAAUAGAUAGCUAUAUCAUUCCAAGUACUACAAUACCAGACCACUUGAACAGUCUAAUUAUUGUGAUGCUGUAUGAUUUCCAAGAUAGAAAAUUUCAAGCUCGUCUCCUUUCUGAUAAUGAAGAGUCCAUAGCAGAAGUUCAAGAAGUAGAGAACCUUCUAAACAGUUUUAAGACAAAAUUGGCUGCAGCAUUGGCAAGAUGUCGAAUCAAACAUGAUGCCCUUUCAAUUUACCACAUUCUUCCAGAAACAGUUAGGAACCAGGAACUCAGGGCCUCCACUUUGCCACUUUAUGCUUGGAUAAAUACUUGUAAAAUCAGCCCUGAAGAAGUUUAUCAUAGUUUGAGGAAAAAAGGCUACAACAGAGUGAAAUGCGUGUCGCACGUGGGCGGUAAAGUCUUCGCUGUGGACCAGCAUUGCUAUGAUGUCUUAAUUUUUCCAUCUCAUCUUAAAAGUGAUCUUCUAAAUAUAGAUCUCUUCAAAGAUUAUAAACUAAUAUUCCAGGACAAAUCUCGAAGUCUUGCUGUGCAUUCUGUAAGGGCCUUUUUAAAUAUGGAUGAUGAUGUCUUGGUGGUCAAUACAGGUUCGUGGUACACAGUUGCCCAUAUGUCAAUCUUAACAAAUAAUAAUUCCACAAAAAUAUUUGUGUGUGGAGUACAAUCACAAACCAAGCGUCCUGACCUGAAGAACCUUUUCACAAAAAUGGGAUGUGAAAAUAUUGAAAUACUUCCUGAGACAUUUCUUAACAUUGAAUCUAAAGAUAACAGAUUACAGAAUGUUAAAGUGAUUCUGCUGCUCCCCCGUUGCUCAGGGCUCGGUAUUAGUAAUCCGGUAGAAUUUAUUUUAAAUGAGCAUGAAGAUACAGAUUUACUUAAAGAUUUCUCUCAAGGAGGCACAUCAGAAGAUAAACUUAAUGUUCUCGUCCAACAGCAAUAUAAACAGCUAACACAUGCGAUGAAGUUUACUAAAGCUCAAGCGGUUGUUUACUGCACGUGUUCAGUUUAUCCAGAAGAGAAUGAAGCUGUCGUUAAGAAAGCACUGGAACUUCAAGCCCUUGGGACUAAAGUACAACCUUAUCGGCUCAGUCCUCCUGUCCUUCCACUGUGCUCCUUAAAGGACAUACAGUUGUCUGCUGACAAGUUUUUCAGAAUGGAACCGUCUGAAAUUACCAAUGCUUGUUUCCUUUCUGUUCUUACAAGGGAGCGGGACCCAUCUGAGACGGUGUCCGUGAAGGACGUUUUGGCCCGCGCUGCAGCAAAGGGUCUACUGGACGGGAUUGAGCUGGGUAAACCUUCAAAACGGGAGAAGAAGAAGAAAUCAAAAACAACACUGCCAAAAGCUUCCGCUACUAAUACUAACAGCAUUCAAUUGAAAAUUGCUGCGUUUCUAAAUCAAGAAACUAAUGCAACUAUUAAUCAGUCAGAGACGUCAACAACGAAAACACCUCUCGCACAGAAAAGUGCAACUCAAGUGGGUUCUUCCUCACAGGUCAGAAAAACCAAGCCUGCCACCAGCCCCUUAGUGCCUGCAUUUGUGAAGAACACCCCCCCCUCCAGACCGUAUGAACGGCGCUCAAACUUCGUGAGACCUCGCCCAGAAGACAGAAUGGUUGUGCUGAAACCCGUAGAGAUUGUUUUGCCUCCAGUAAUGUUCCCAUAUUCAACCCCUCAAGGGGUCAGACCUCAGACUCUAGCUCCCCGCUUUUACUAUCGCUGGGCUGGACCCAAGCCUGUUAUGUCUGGUUACCUUCCCACAACAUCAUUAACCAGAAAAGGGGAAAAACCUGAAAACUCACCUUCCUCCCUACUCAGACGUCGUCAACCAUGGCUUUGACGGUCUUGUAUAUUUUUUCUUUUUUUUAAAACAGGGGUCAACAGCAGUUGAUUUUUUUAGAUCUGAUAUUUCUUUGAAGGUUAGACAUUCUUACAUAAAAUACUGAUUCUUUCAGUCACUUAGCAUCUUCUAAAUGUGAUAGUACCUUCAAGAGAAUUAAGACAAAUGAGAAACAAUAAUGUAGGUGGUUAAGUAAAGCAAAAUUCAGAUUUCAACAGCUCAGUGCUGAUCUGUUCUAGAAUGUUCACUUGUAGACUCAGUUUCAGCUGUUAAAACUAGUCUCUUGUUAACUUUCAGUGUGGACUUAGGACACUGCUUUUGAACAUUUUCAGUCACUAUCAAGGUUUGCGUGUUUCUUAAAUAUAAACAUAUUCUUUCAGCAAGGAUGACAUGAGUUUUGUAAUGUGAUUGAAGUUGAGCACGAGUAGGGAGAACAGGAAGCUCCGGAGUCCCAGGUGCGGUAGUUCGGAUGUCCGUUUACAGUGAAAACUUUCUAAUAGAGGUUCUUCCAGGACCCUGAGCAGACUGAAUAUAAUCAGCUCUCCCUUCUAUUUAUGCCCAGUACUCUCAUUAAAAAAAAGUGACUGUAAGCAAAUUUCCAUCUAAACAGUAAUCAUUCUGAGGAAGAGGCAAACUAUUCAAUACAACUGACACCUAUCAUUGAAGAAACCCAUAAAAAUUUGAUUCUACUCAAAGAUCAGGUCAAAUAUUGAAAUCUACGUCAUUUCAAAUGGCACACAGUAAUCACAUUUUGGUAAUUCAUUUCUGAUGCACAAUUAAAAUAUAGCUCUAUGUUAAUUUUAUUAAAAAUCCAUUUGUCUUGAAUGUAUCAAUUGUCUACCAAGAUUUGGUAUGAUUAUCAUUUCUGGAUCUACUAAUUUUCUUCCUUCAUGGCAAAAGAAAUUGCUUGACUGACAUUAAUUGAGUAAGUUGCAACGAUAAAUCCUAUUGUUCAGAGACACAUUCAUAAAGUUUGAAUUUAAAGUUCUGUUUUCAGAAUCCAGUUGUGUUGAACAGUGUUAUGUAAAUUUAUAAAUGUUCAAUUUAGGUGCCAUGAUUUUGGUAGAAUAUUAUCUUCUUCCACAUGAAUGUUUAGGUCUAUUUCAGCUCUAAUGUUCUGUUCUUUGUUUUCUCACUUGAAUUGAAGAUAAAAAAUGGUGCAUGUCAGUGAAGAAAGGAAACAAAACUUUUUAUACUUGAACUGGACAUAUUUUAAAUAGCAAAAAAAUUCUCAUGUUAAUUAUGAUUCUUAAAAUGUACAGAAAUAUUUUCAAUGCUCAGCUUAUUUUACUAAUUUCAAAAAUCAAAAACCAUGUAUUUCUUUGCUCUAAAAACUAUAGUGUUUCACCCUCUUACUCCCACGCUCUAUCUGGCUAAGAGGAUUCCAUGCCACUGGAAGGCCCAUGUGGCUGAACCAAACUUUGUUCAGUAAAGAGCUGGAAUGCUCUCCCAGGAAUCUUUCACCCCAUUUCCUACCCUAUUCCCCUUGCUCCAGGCUGAAAAGAACUCCCUUGUCCCAAACUAGCAGGUGUGAGAUUUUCACGGUAAGUUAUAAGAAGAAAACUCUCAUUGUUAAGAAAUAGUUCAGGAGACUUCUCUGAUCCUACAGCAGCAUGUGAUCCACAUCACGUCACUUUAGCUGCCUACAUUCAGAAUCUCCUGGCAUGCAAGCCACUACAUUUUCUCUCUGGAAGUAUACGGAGAUUCUGAAUUAAGCCAUUCAUUAGUUAAGUCUGCAGUUUUCUUCUUUGAGAAUCUUCUAAGAAGUACGUGGUCAAUUAUACUUCGGCAGUCAAAAGAGAAGAGUACUGAAAACAAUAUUCGAGAAAUGUAGUGGAGGAGAAUUAUUGGACACAUUGACAUUUUUCUUUCUUGAGGACACAUUGACAUUUUUCUUUCUUGAAUUUCCUGGAGAAGGUGUUGCAGAAACCUAAAAUAAUAAUUAAUGGUAUUUAGAUACUCCAAUAGCAAAUUCAGAUUUUUAUCUAAAUUUACCUGAAGCAAAAAUGAAAUUUUGUUCCUUGAGAGUAACUGCCUUUGAUAAGAGUAUAAGAGCUAAACUAUGAAUGUGGGAAAAUGCAAGAUGAGCAAAGAAUAGGUACAUACUUUAAUUUCUGCUUAUCUUCUUCCACAUGUCUAACUUAAACUAAACCACAUUCAACUGGUUUGUUUUCCCAGGUACCCGAGUAGGGAUUUAGUGCCUGUAGAAUUCUAUUCUUCACUUUGAUGCCAGGUUCUUGCUAGUUCUUACCAGGUGGAAAUAUGCAGUAACUAAUCAAAGGUGAAUCUCGCGUCACUGAAAUGAUUUUCAGGUAAGAAUUUGAAAAUAAAAUGACUAGCGUGAAGACACUAAACUUAUGUUUCUAUUCCUGUGUGUAUAUAUACACCUGUGACUGAGACAUCAGAUAAAUGAGUCAAACACUUUAUGCAGCUAAGUUUAUUCUCACAACAUAUUACAUUUAAAUGUGUAAAAGUGGUCAACAGCUAAAUGGGCUGAAAGCAAAACCAAAUGUUCCUCCAGGGUGAAUGAGCUGCUCUGCGGGGCAGGGAGGGCUCUCACGGGUCCAGCGUGAGCAGCAUCUUUGCCCCUGAAGCUGAAAGACACUUCAUUUUACUGGCUCUGUAGCGCACCUGUUAGCUAUGUGUUCGGGGGGCCUGGCAAGCUAACUAGAGAGCGAAGAGUUUUCCUAGUCAAACUGUGCGGAUA